AAAACUACUAGGGUUAAAACGACGAAAAGGGAAGGAUUAAGCGAAUGGGGCGCCAGUGAUUAAUCGCAAUUAUAUACAUUUCUCCUCUAUUGGCAUCUUAUUGCUUACAGUCGUAAAUUCGGAAAUCUUUGGCAUACUCAAAUCUAUUCAUAAACUGCAUCAUUGUCUUAUGAUACUGACUCUAGUGAGGUCAUAUGUUGAUGUUGGAUAGAAGUUACAGGAUUUGUUCCAGGGAGUGGCUACGCAGUGUUUAAGUGGGUUUAUAAGUAUAAGUAGGCAGAUGGUUUGUCAGCUGCUUGGAAAAUACAGUGAGCUCUCAUCACGAAAGUAAAUACACAGCACGACACGGCGUUUGUCACAAAUUCGCCCAUGUGGUAGUAGUGGAUACACAGUAUACGGCACUGAAAAAUAUACACGAUGCUUCGCUUUAGAAUCAUCACAUCUCUGUCGUUAUUAUUUUUAUCAAAAAUAGUAAGAUCUUCAUUUCUCGUAGAACCUAAGGACAAAAUUGUUGUUCGUGGAGAAACAGUUGUAUUCAAGUGUGCUGUUACUACUGACGUUGAAAAUGUUUAUUGGUAUUACUCAUUUGGUACGUCCGACAGCUGGAUUAGCGUGAACAGACGUAUUCAUAAUACUGUGUCUUCUUCAAAGAUUAUGAGAUAUUCGAUAAUUGGCGAUGCGAGUAAAAAUGAAUACUUUUUACAAAUACGCAACGUAUCUUCAUUAGAUAUUGGUGACUACAAGUGUUUUUAUUAUCCUGAUAAACCAACAUUGCCAAAUCGCUCGCCAGAGGCGUCCCUUGUGUUGGCGGAUCCCCCUAAAACUCCACUAUGUGCAGUAAGAAAGGCAGACACAGCGAUCCCCAGUCCGAUUGUAACGAUGCGUUGCACAAGCACAGGAGAUCCGACGCCUCAAGUUGUGUGGCUCAGAAAUGGUAGUCCAAUUGAAGGCAAUGUACCACGUGCUUCUGUAAACAUAUUAAUCUGGAAUAUUACUAAAGCUGACAGUGGUGCCGUGUUCUCAUGUAUAGUUGAUUCUCCAAAAAUGACAUCACCUCCUUCAUGCAAACUUACACCAUUGAAAAUGAACCCAGUCGUAUCAGUUGAACCGAGUGUUCAGACCCUCGCUUUGAAUCACAGUGGAAAAUUUGUUUGUGAAAGUACCGGUAUACCAAAACCUCUAAAAUAUAAAUGGUUUAUAAACGGUGAGGUUCCUUCUAGAUUAAUUGAAGAGAAUGUUCAUUACCGGAUCAAGCACGACGGCAAGACACUCAAAAUUUUAUGGGUUGUAGAAGAGUUAAAUGACGCAGAAGUCACGUGUCGGGUGACCGGAAGAUCUAAUAUAAUUUACUAUGGUAGUGCCCAUGCAUAUGUUAGCAACACAGAAAAUGAAAUUUUUCUCACAACUACUGUAAUACCCAUAGAUGAAAAUACUGGUGAAUCAAAUACCAACGGAACAAUAAAAGGAAAUAAGUCGUCUGAUUUUAUCAACAACACUGGAGCUAAAGGAGUACUCGACCAAGGAAAGUCAUCGAAUAGUACCGUUAUUGGAGUAGUUAUAUCUCUUUUGGGAUUGUCAGUGUUCAUUAUCGUUCUUGCAGUAUUUCUCUACAAACGUAAUAAUGAAAUAGACAAGUCUGGAAAAAGAUUUUCUGCUAAAUUCAUGCAGUGCGUAGCAAUUAGGUCCAACUCAAAUAACGAGUCAAAUGAAGGUGUAAAGAAAGAUAGCACUGUUGAUAGUGCAGGUGAAACGAAUGAAAUGUACGCCAUACCGUUGAAAAGGAAAACACAACAUGACAAACAAUACGUAACCCAAAAUAAUGAAAACGAAGAAUUAGCACAAAAUUUUAGCAAGCCUAAUGUAUUACCUAGGUUAGUGUCAAAGAAAAAAGAAAACACGGAUAACAUCUCUUGCACCAUAAGCGAGACAACUGAGGCUCAUACAUCGGUGACACCAAAUGUAGAAUAUCAGGAAUCUACCAGUAAUGAUGAUGGGAUAGUUGAGAUUAAUAUUGAGCGCGAGGAACAAUGUCCAAUCAAUGAAAGCACCGAAAAUGAAAGUGAAACAUACAAGAGUCGGAGUUUGUUGAGAUCAUUAGUUGCAAAGCUGCCAACAGAGAAAAUCAGUGCUUUUGUGAAUGAUCUCCGUCCAGAAAAACCAAAACGGACAUUUCUUGAAACUGUAAGAAAACUCCGAACGAACAUCGUUCCACAAAAUGAAAACAAAAAAGAAGAUGAUAACUCGGUUGAGGACGACUACGCGGCCAUCAAAAGUGAAGAGAAUGCAGGAGCUUCAGAGGAAUCCAUGGAAAAUGUUAUAGAACGAAAAGAAGAAAUUCAGAUAUCAGAAAUCGAUUUGGAAGGCGAAUCUGAUGAUAUACCUUCUAGCCUUCCAUCUGAACAAGUCGCAUUUGAUCAACCUGUGGUUCGACGCCAUCGAACUUUAGGCGCCGGUUCCUCGGUUAGUUCUUCAAAUAAUCCCGAUUAUUCAAAUAAACGAAGCAGUCUUACACUAGACAACCUAUUGGCAAAUGUUAAAAGGCGAAGUUUGUCGAGACGAUUCAGUGGUUUCGAAAACCGUGGCUCGUCGCCUGACCUCCGUAUAUCACGGAGAUUUGAAAAAAAUGAUAUUGUACAUUUUGUACCGCUUGGUAAUAAAGGAAACGAUAUGACUGGAAAUGUUGAAGUGGUGAAAAAUCGCAAUUCAAUAAACUUUGAAAAUGAAAUGAGUCAGACAUUGCUGAAAUCCUUCCAUACUGUUGUUCCAAAUCAACCAAAACAAACCAAUGAACGAAUAAUAGAAGAUUUUCCCUCUUACGAAAAUCUUGACGAAAAGGAAAGCUGUACAAGUGAAGGUUCAGCGUACAUGACAGAUGAUUUUUCAGAGGAUGAAGAAACAGACGCAGAAGGAAAACCUGUGGAGAGAGUUGCACCAAUGAGAAUAAUCGAUGAUACGCCGGUCUACGAGAACACGGAACUGAAACCUUUAAAUGCCAAGGAGACACUAGCAAAAACACAAACAGAGGGUUCAGUGAACACAACUAAACUUGACCUAAGCAACACUACAAAACAAAACAAGCCAACAAUGCGCGUGAAACCAAGACCAACACCACGUAGUUUUAGAAAACUUAAUGGGUCCAAUAGCUCAUCUGAAUUAACACCAAACGAACAUUAUGAAGACUUGACGUCAGAAUGUCGUAAACAGAGCACUGUAGAGGAUCCAACUACAGGUGAAAAUAUAUACGACAACGUUGAUUAUAAACUGUAAAAAUAUACCAUAAUGUGAAAUAUGUUGAUCAUGUUCGGGCAUGGAACCAGCUUAGGCUUAAGUAAAAUGUAGUUGUUCUAAGUAAUUAAGGGAUUAUGAAUUUGCCUUUGUGUUCUUUUUUAAUAUAUAAUUUUAAAAUUAUAUGCAUUGAGAGCGACAGUGGGAUAUAUGAUAUAACGGUACACAUAAACUAAAUCAAUCUUCAUAAGGCAUUCAAUUAUCAACAUUUGUCUACAACUCUCAAUUAAGUAAAGUCUUACAAAAUAAUAGUAUAAUAAUAAUAGAGUAAAAGAAUUGCGAUCGGCAUUCCAGAUGUUGUCAUUAGAGCUCAAGUGCAAAGUGUGAAUGUUGUAUCUUGAUUUUUACGAAUAUAGGCCUAGCUACCUACUAUUCAGACCUACUUUAGACCUAUCGCCGCAAUCUUUUAAAUGGUGAGUUGAACUGCCGACCUUGGGUGUGGAACAAAUAAACACCUAAAUCGAAUAUAUGUACUAUAACAAUAAUAAUAACCGACUGAUGUAGAUUCAUCUAUCCAGGUUGACAAUAAUAAAUAUAAAUUAAAACUUUAUAUCUCUGGAUAAAGUAGAAAACAAAAGAACAUACGUUUUAAGCUUUCGACACAGCGUCAAAUUUAAUAAGGCUAAAAUCCUAACUGUGGAACCAAGAUGGUUUGAGAGAGGGGUCAAGGAAGCAAUCUACAUCAGGGCCAACAGACCAACGUUGAAUGGAGAUGGUGGAAGAUAUAAUCUUCCAAACAUAUGGAACAACACUUUGAAGGAGGACCAGGACCAGGCCCACCCAGCCUCACCGCUGACGUCACAAUCCCUAUGACCCAAUUUCCAUCGUGUGCCGUUGUGAACAAGACUACAGUGAUAGUCGAAAGCUUAAAACGUAAGUUCUUUUGUUUUCUGCUUUAUCCAGAGAUUUUAAGUUUUAAUUUAUAUUAAAAUAAUAAUAAAA